UUUUCGCUUGUGUUGUGUGUUAUAAAUUAAUUGAAUAAAGUUUAUUUCUAUUAAAAUUAAUUCAAUUAAAGAAUAACUAAAGUAUUCGUCUUUAGUUAUGAAGGAAGAAAAAUAAAUUUACCAAUAGUGUUAUAUAUUUGCUUUAAAUUCUUUGCAAAGUAAUAGCAAUUUCUUCGCUGAAGUAAUAAGAAGUUGRUGGUGCAAAACGUACCGAAACCAAAGUGCAUGAAAGAGCAGAAAAUUAAUAGAGAUUGUAUGGUUAGGUGUGUAAAGUUUAAGAUAASUGCAUUGAAAAUGUGGCUAAAAUAAUUUACCAAUGAAAUAAUGUAUACAAAUAAUAAAAGGGCAAUUUUAAACUGGUAGAGUGCAACAAAACAAAUGUGACCAAAAUUACUGUUUUUCUUUACUUUUGGUGAUACAUAUGUGCAUAUGCACAUAUUAAGAAUAUGUGAAUAACUGGUGAACGAAAUUAAUUAAAACACAGGGUUGAUACAGUGAAAGAAACAUAUGUGCAAAGUCCAAGCAAACAAGAAGUAACAAAUAUGUUAUGCCCACAAGACGUAUGCAAUGCUGAACAGUGUUUUCCUUGUAAUAAGUGAUCGUAUUAAAGAACAGGUGUCCAUGGUAUAAAAAUAAAAUUUGAAUGUUUUGGAUAUAUUAUAUGGAGUUAUACCCAAUGUAUCGCAUGACUUCUUUCAAUGAAAGAAAAUAGCUUCAUGCAUAUAUUGUUCAUAAAUAAGUAAAACAUAUCAAGAGCACCGAAACGAGAAGCGAUAACAAAAGAUACCAACCCAUCGUAAAGAUAGUGACUGCAAAUAUACCUAUUUCCUUUUUUGUGAAAUCAUCAGAGAUAUCAGCUAAUUAAUGUGGAAACUUAAGAACGAAAAUGGAUUCGCCGAAGAGGGAGAAGGUAAACUUUAUGCAACCACAACACUACGAACAAACGUUAGAUAUACGAAAUACAAUUAAUAAUGCAAAUACGUAUACAAAUUUAAAUAUAAACGAGCAUGAAGUAAAGGGCACAAGCCAAAGUACUGACACUAGUGAAAUUUGUCGGGAUGAAGAAUCGAAUUUUUCACCAAUAAAAACAAUAACACCACCAAUUAGCAAAUCGGCAGGUGAGAAUUUAACCGAAGCAGCGCCGAAAACGAUUGCAGCUGCGGUUAACAAUAACGAAGAGACUGAAAAUGCGGCCAUGGUGUAUGUUGAUGCUUCGCAGAUGAGCACGGCAACACUCACAAACACAAAUCCUAUUUCGAUACCGAAAACACUGGUAAAUUUAGCAAUUACAACUAUUGAAAAUCCGGAAAAGAUGCAGCCCAACUCCAAAGUGGGCGAAUUUGCAGUACCAGCCAUACCCGAUACGAAGGCAACCAACAAAAACGGUGUUGGUGGGGCUGGUACCAGCGCCAAAAAGAAACGCAAUAAAAGCUCUAAGAAACGAGAAGACAAUAAAGCACGCAACAAAGCAAACAGCAAUAAUAUUGGCAAAGGCGCCACUGAUGGGAAUCGCUGCCAGCCUCCAAUAAACGUCAUCGCUUCCGGUACGGCCAAUAUGAAGGCCUCUGUUUCAAUGACAUCGCUGCCACCGGACGAUGAGAAGUCUGAGGGUCGUGACGUAAUUAAAGCAAAACUAAAUGUCGAACGUCCAUACAACAGUUUGAAAAAAAACAUAGAACGCAAUGCAGUCAACGCUACGUUGGGGGUAAGAGCUCACUGCUUUAGUCAAAGUCAAAGCAGUACUAGCAGUUUCGCAAACCACCGCUAUUCUUGGGGCAGCGGAUACAGUUAUAGUUCGUCAAGCCUACAAAGCAGUGCCACGUUUGGGCUUGGCUCGGCUAAAGACGAUCUUUGGGCUGCCAUACAAACCAACUAUAAUUAUAUCAUGGACACAAACCUUUUGGAUACWUGCAAAGAGACAGAGCGACAUCUUGCGGAUCACAACGUAGCUAACGGUGUGGAAUGUGAACAAUCGCAUUGCGCUGAGUUGUUGGGUGUAACACAGCGGCGCGAACUAUCGUGGCACGAUCCUAAAGAAUUACGCAAGUGGCUGCGUGAAAUGGAAGAGCGUCUUGAGUUGGCCCCCACUUUGUCGACAGUUACUACAUUAACGAMAGCUGAAUUGGAGCAUUGUUUGGCAGAACAUUCG